AUGGAACGGGUCAAGCUGGAGCUGAACCUCGACAAUCAGCUCUACGCCCCCGGGGAUCAUGUUACGGGUACCGUGCGCCUGCAUGCCCCCUACGAUGUGCCCGCCGAUCGGCUGACAGCCCAUUUUUCUGGGAAGGCUACGGUGUGGUUUCAGGAAUACGAGAAAACCCAAACCUACACGGCCUCCAAGGAGAUGGCCGACGAAGAGCUGGUCCUAUGGCGAUUCGUUCCGGCUGGUCAACUUUUAGAAAACUCCGCAGAAGAGAACUCUGCGGUGAUUCCGACACCUUGCGUGUACCGCUUCCGGUUUCUGGUGCCGCACUCGGCUGCGACAUCUUUUAGCUAUCCCAGCUCUCCGGGACAUGUUCGGUACUUUGUAAAGGCCUCCCUCAGCCUCUUCGGCGACGUCCUCUACACCGCAGAACAACAGGUUUCGAUCGUGGCCCCGAAUCGUGUGCUGCGAAGCGUCGCGUCGCGCCCAAAAAAUCAUCAGAAGACGUUCAGCUUUAACAAGGGCCGAUCCGUAGAGGUGGAAUGCCGACUGGAGAAGGCGUAUUUCACAUCAGUUGAAAAAGUUCCGAUGGAAAUUCGGAUUCAGAAUCGCUGGAAACAAUCCCUAAAAUACGUCCAUAUCAACGUCGUCCGGCGGCUAGACUGCCAGGGAGCCCACGAGAAGUACGAGGAGGUCACGCUGAAGAAGGUCUACAACCACGAUUGUACAGGAGUCGGUCUCCCCGCCCAUCUCACCAAGAUCCCGGUGAACGACUCCGUGACGUUCCGCCCCGACCUGAACUUGCCGGCGUUGACGCCAAAUUUUGCGGUAGACGACAUCAUGCGCCUGGAAUAUUUCAUCAAAAUCGCCAUCGGACGGGCCCACAAUUUUGUCAUUGCCGAGAUGAUGAUCCCGAUCCAAAUCGUCUCCGAGGUGGUCGACAAGGACUUGAACGCCAACGAGGACAGCGUCAGCGACAAGGAAAAUGUCGAUUUGGAUGCCCCUCUCAUCGAUUUCUCCACACCCACCAACCACUACAACCCAUUCCUAUCGCCGCUGGCUACCGUCGAUUUGUUGGCG